UCGCUUCUUUAUUGAAACAAAUUCUCUCAUUGGGAAAAUUUUGUUUCUUUUUCAUCAAUUUUUUCAUCCUCAUUGUGAUUGUUUUUUUCGUCUAUUUUGUGUUGAUUAGUUUAAUUAGUGUUGAUAUUUUCUAAUAGUAUUUAAUAAUUUAUUCUUUAUCAUUGACUCCUGGUUUGUUGGAGAUGCUAGAAGAAGAUGAUUCCUUUGAAGAUUCUGAAAGGUUUGAGGAUGAAUCCAUCUGCUCAGCCAGUGAUCAUGAUCCAGCAUCAACAAACCAUUGGAGGGGCUGGAAGAGAGAUACCAGCUUACCUGUUUGGCCUCCACAUCCAAAAACUUCGGGUGAAUUAGCUAAACAAUCGGUGUUACCCUUGGUUGAAAUUGCUGCUAAAGAGGUUGCAUGUCAUAUUCCCUUUGAGAUUGUGGAACAUUUUUAUCCACCCAUACCAGCUGAAUUACAAUUACGAAUUGCUUUUUGGUCUUUUCCCGAAUCAGAGGAAGAUAUUCGUCUUUACUCUUGUCUUGCAAACAGUAGUGAUCUUGAAUUUAUGAAAGGGGAAACUUUGGUUAAACAAGGAUGUGUUCGAGAACUUCUACAAAUUGGUUUCCAUUUAAGUGCUACCAUUAUUCAAGGUCAAAUGCCAAGUUCACACAAAGGAUCUUAUAAUGUUGCGGUCACUUUUGAUCGUCGUAGAAUUACAACUUGUAAUUGUACUUGUUCCAGUUCAGCGUCUUGGUGUUCACACAUAGUUGCAGUUUGUCUAUUUCGUAUUUAUCAACCAAAUCAAGUUCGCCUUCGAGCUCCUGUUUCUGAAUCACUUUCUAGACUUGAACGCGAUGAAUUGCAAAAAUUUGCACAAUAUUUGAUUAGUGAAUUACCACAGCAAAUUUUACCAACAGCUCAACGACUUCUCGAUGAUUUACUCUCCAAACAAAGUACUGACAUUAACAAGUUCAGCGGGGCUCCCGAUCCAACCGCUGGUGCUUCAAUAAAUGAUCAAACAAGUUGGUGGUUAGAUGAAUCUCAAUUACAUGAAAAUAUUCGUAAAAUUUUGGUUAAAAUGUCUACCCCAAUGCCGAUUGUUUUUAGUGAUCCUAAUUAUCUUCAAUUAAGUUUACCUUCGGUAGCCGUUGAAUGGGCAAGUUGGCUUAGACCUUUAAGAGCUCGAGAACCUGAAGGAAUGUGGAAUUUACUGGCAAUCGUUUUAGAACUUUUCAUGCGAGGUGAUAGAAAUGCUGUACCUUUGUUGAAAAUUUUAACCGAAGAGGUUUUAACCCGUCCUCAGAUAGUCGCUUGGUGGUUUCAAACCAAGAUGUCUCUAAAUUCAGGAUACUCGGGUCAUAAUAAUCGUAACAACAUUCAAAGUAAUACUCAUGCAUCUCAACAUGCGUGUACAAGCAUUUGCGAUGAGAUUGUAUCCCUUUGGAGAUUAGCUUGUCUUAAUCCCGGAUUAACUCCAAAUGAUCGAGAUCUUUUUCACAAACAACUGCGAGAAUGGCAUAUCACAACUUUAGAGACAAUUUGGAAAACUCGUCUAUCCAAUUCAAAUAAUAAUAAUGGGAACAACAAUUUCCACAAGAAAUCAGACUUUGAAAGUUUCCCUGGCUUUAAACCCGCCAUGGAAGCUUGUCUUCUUGAUUGGGAAGAUUAUCAAAUUCCUGGUGUUACUUACUCUGAAGAUCCGGUUCGCUCAUGGUAUUGUCCAUGUCCUCACAUUCAUAAAUGGAGAGAGUUGGUUAGUGAAGAGAAAACUAAACCAAGGCUUCCAGAAAAUUGUUCUAAUAAUAGUUGUAAUGUUAAGAAAGAAUCUCUUGUAAAAAGAAAUGGUCAUGAUUCUGAGAAUCGACGACCACAGCCAACCUCAGCUACACAACCAUCAACUUCACCUCCACCCUCAUCAUCUUCAACCCCGACAAAAUGUGAACAAUCAUCCCCUUCAUUACCAUCACAACAAACGACACCAUCAGAUUCACAAUCAAUUUCAUCAACAUCAACACCAUCAGUAAACAAUUCACAACCACAAUUGACAUCAACCACUGGUAAAGAAACAUCAUCAACCUCAACUAAUAGUAAACCAAUUUCAGAAUCAACUUCAAUUAUAACAUUAGGCGAGGAACAAAUUAGAGUAACAAUUAAAUCUAUGACUGAUCCAUUGGAGAUUUUAUUAGCUCGAACAGAGGCUUUACAUGCUCAUGGAUUUAUGCAAGAAUCUUGUCACCUUGCGGUUCUACUGGCUGAAGAAAUGUUAAUUAAUCCUCCUAAUUUAUUAUUAGACUUACCCAAUCCUCCUUCUCGUAAUAAGAAGAUACGUCGAUUUAAUCCAGCUUGUCAUCAAAUCAGUUUAUUAGCUUCGGCAACCAUGACAAAGGCCGCUUUCCUUUGUCAAGUGCUCUCCGAGAAUGUAAAUUAUCAUCAUUUAGCAUUUAAAAUCGGUGUCUUUGGACUUGAGUUGGCUCGACCUCCGGCCUCAACCAAGGCUUUGGAGGUGAAAUUAUUUCAUCAAGAACAAGAAUUAGUUAAUCUGCUUAAAAAGAUACCCUUGAAAGACGCUGAACUUGAUAUUCUUCGAGUAAAAGCUGAAAUUCUGAGUCAAGGAAAUUACCGAGCUCGUGGUGAUGCAGCUCUACCUAUCGCUCUGGCAAACUACAUCUUCGAUGCUUUGGUUUAUAGUGCCUCCCCUUGGUCUCAUGAUUCAUUCAGUUCUCCAACCCCUCAACCUUGUGUCAUUUUAUGCGAAAGGAAACAAAGUGACGAACUUCUUGGACUAGAAGCAUCUAUUUCUGCUCUCGGGAUGAAAGCGAAUGUCUCAGAGGCAGAACAUCCACUUUUAUGUGAAGGAACUCGCAAACAAAGGGGAGAUUUUAUCGUAGAGCUACUAGUUCAUUAUCGAGAUGAAGUUGAUAAAUUAAACAAAAUUAUGGACAAAGUACUUGAUCAAGAAGUACAUCAAUUGUACAAAAAUCCACCUCCUGGUUCAUCUGUAAAUAAUCAAAAUGCUAAUAAUAGUAACAAUAACAACUCUGUUAAUAAUAAUAGUAAUAAUAAUAAGUAUAACAUCAACACCGGAAGUCCAAGUGGUGUAACCUCACCCUCAGGAUCACCAAAUGUAGAUUGUAAUAAUAAGACAAGUAAUCUUGAAAUUGCUUCAACCUCUGGCCAAGUUACUACAACAACUACUGAAACCAUGGGUCCUGUGACAAACUCAGAGGAACCAAAUGAUUGUCAAUCAAUCAAAAAGACGUCAACAGAAAUGAAUGAUGAAGAAGGAGCCAUUGAAGAAGGAGCAGCAGCAGCGGUAGUACCAAAAACAUCAUUUCCAACCUCUGAAGGUAAUUCACAGCAACCACCACAACCCUCGUCAUCAUCAUCGUCAUCAUCAUCAACUACAACCACAACAACAACAAUCGAACCUCGUAAAAUCGGCCCUUCAGAUCGUCGCAAUUCAGACGGUGAACGAAGUGAAGGAGCUACUAGUCCAAGUUGGGAUGAGAGUUUCAAAGCUUGGGAAGCUCGUUUUAGAUGCAUUAACUUUAAAACUAACAAGAAACAACAUUCUAUUGGUAUGGCGAGUAUUGACUCAUCGGCACCCGAGACAACAUCAAGUGACAAUUCACCAACAGUUGUCCGUCGAUCUUUAUGGGUUCGUUCAGGAAGUGAUUCGGGUUCAAGUGGAGAGUCAAGUGAUUCUUUCGCCUCAAGUUCAUCUGGAGAUAAAAAUUUGAAAAACAAAAUGUCAACCACUUCAGCAUCCAAUUUAUCAUCAGCAGCGGGCGUUGCGUCAACAUCUUCCAACGCUAAUCGAGAUAUGCACAAUUCAUCAUUACCUUCAAAUUCACGAGUCACCUUAACUACUCGUAUGAACGCUUGUUCAAUAAAUGAUAAUAACAACAGUAAGGUCAACACAUCGGCACCAACAACAACAGCAACACCAUCAUUAGCAUCGUCAUCAGCACCAGCAGCUCCUCUUGCACCCUCAUCAUCAUCAAAUACGCUCAAUAAUAACAAUUGUACACCUUCAUCAACCAUUGGGACCUCUAAACAUUCACGUUCAUUCAAAGGAAGGGUAAGAAUGUACCCAACUGUACCUAAUCAACCAAGUGAAGCUUCAUCAUAUUUUAUGCAUGAAUUGGCUAAAACCAUAUUGGAAAAGGCUGGUGGUAGUUCAACAUCAGCUGUUCUAUUUUCUCAAUCAACUGUUAACCAGAAUCAUCAGACACCACAUCGUAAUCUUCACAUGUGUGCCCUAAAGAUUGCCCUUUACUCCUUAGGUUUACAUAAUGCAGUCUCACCUAAUUGGCUUUCCCGAACAUACUGUCAUCAUGUUUCUUGGAUAACCAAUCAAACGGUUGAAAUUGGUGCACAAGCGAUUAACUUUUUAAUUGAUACCUGGGAAGGUCAUUUAACUCCAGCCGAAGCAGCGACUCUUGCUGAUCGAGCGUCAGGUUGUAAUGAUCCGAUAACCAAGAAAGCAGCAUCCAAAUUGGCUCUUUCUUGUCUUCCUCAGGCACAAGCUCUCAAUCCAACAGAAAUUCAUAGAGCAAUUUUACAAUGUAAAGAAUCAAGUGAUUCUAUGCUCCAGGAAGCCUGUCUUGCUGUUGAAACGGCUGCUAAAGGCGGCGGUGUUUGUCCUGAAGUACUUUUCCAUGUUUCUCGUAAAUGGUACGAACUGUAUGAAGCUGCUUGUUCUGGUGAGACAAACAAUGAGAGUCGAUCCAAUUCACGUGAUCAUCGUAAUCGACCUCCUUAUGUACAAGCAAGUGUGGGUGAAUUUCAAGUUCCAAGUUCAAGUUCACCCAAUCCACUACACCAUCAUCACCAUCAUCAUCAUCAUGGUCAUAGUCAUCAUCAUCAUUCAUUUGGUGAUGUUUCUGGUAUCAAUGUUGUCACCUCUCUUUCACAAGAGCGUCUUGGUUACAAUUGUUCAUUAGGUAACUCAAUCAAUUCUGUUGGUGUUAAUAAUAAUACCGGUAAUCCAAAUAACAAUAUAAACAUGAUUAACAAUAACAAUAAACUUGGAUCCAACACUGGUAAUCCUAAUAUUGAUAAUUUUAUUAACAUGAGAUCAGCAAAUGGUUCAAAUGGUCAAAUGGUUUCCUUACCUCAGGGACCACUUCAAGUUAUCCAAUCCUUACCAUGUCCACCGCCACCUUAUGCACUGUCACCAGCAACCGCACCAUAUUCAUAUGGAUUUUUCCCUCAUGGAUUGGCAACCUUUCCACCGGGUCCACCAACUCUACCAUUUCAUCCAGCCUUUUUACAAACACCUCCAGGUUCAAAUCCAAAUUUCCACCAUCAAUAUCCUCCAGCCGCUUACUUUACAACAACACCACCACCAGCCAAUCCAAAUAAUGCUCAUUUCCGUAAUCAUUUGAAUCAUCCUCAUGCUGCUACUUUACUCAAUCCGGUAACUGGUCAAUCAAUUUUAUCCAACAUGAUAAUUGCACCGCAAGUAUCACAAAGGUUACCCCAAAUGAUAUCUGUAGCCGGAGGAAACGCCAGUGGACCAAUUGUCUAUCCAUUUGCCCCUCAGCAUGCUGGUCAUCCAUUUAUUUCUCAACAACAAGCUCUAAGUUUAGCCCAUCAACCUCAACUUCAACCACACCAACAGCUUACACAAAAGCAAUUGCUUUAUUUAUUAUCAGCUUACAGAGUCGCCAUUCUUGCAAUGGAGGCAUUGGGUCGUAAAAAUCACGACGAAAGACCAACGGCCAAAUUUGCUCGUAACCCAUCAUAUGAAGAUGAUGUUAAAUGGUUACUAGAAGUAGUUAAAAAAUUGGGUACAUCUUAUUUCCAAGACUUUUGUAUUUGUACUGUUAACAGUAUCACGAGUCCCUUUGUAUUGCUCGACAUCUUACAAGAUAUGGCCAAAUAUAUUUCACAAUCAUCAGCAAAUUCAAUGAAUAUAUCCAAUGCAUACAGAUCACCAAUUUUAGUCCCAUUAAUUCAAAAAUGUCAACAAAUGUUUGUUCAAGGAAUCUACGCCAAGUUAAAUAUCUCAGCUGCCAAGAGCGAUGCUGAAUCAGAGGAGUUUCUUAUUCUCAUUCGUCAAGCUCGUCAAGCAUUUUAUUUGACCGCUGGUGGACCUACUCAAUUUUCUGAUGUUAUACAAACAAUAAGACGAUCAAAGAAUUGUAAAAAAGAGUUAUGGCAAUUGGUCAGCAAUUAUUUACAAACCAACCCGAUGACCGUUUGAUGAUAGUUUUGCUUAGAAAUUUUUAAAAGAAAAACCAAAAGACUGAUUAAUCGAUUAUGGAAAUUUUUAAUUGGCAGAAAAAACCAAAUCCAACAUCAGAAAGAAGAAGCUGAAGUUUUUUUUCUAUUCACAAAAAGAAACAUUUUUUUGCAUCAUAAUCUAUGCGUGCACCUCACACAUGAGAAAAACUUUUGCAUAUCUAAUUCACUCACACUUAAAUUAUGUCAAUCAAUGUGUACACCCCCCGAUCCCAAUAUCAAUUAUUCUUUCUCUCCCUCUCUCUCGCUCUCUAUUUCGUGUGGUGGUUUAGGUAUUUUUUCAAGCUUUUGUCUUCCUUUGAUAAUUUUUACUCAUCGACAUUAAGUUGAGACUAUACACCAUCAUCUUAUUUUGAUCUCUUUCUCUUUCUAUUUCCGUUUUUUGUUCAUGUUAAACCCCCACAAAAGGUGAUUUUUGUAGACCAGUUUACUAUCUCUCUCUCUCUCUCUCUCUCAUUGUUCUUGGCAUUUCUAAUUUGAAUUGUCCCUCUAUCUUUUUCUUACUUACAUUUCGACGAUUUAAAACCUAAAUGGACAUUCAUGAAAUGACCACUCGAGAGCAAAGACAAUUUUUGCUUUCAUACUUUUUUGUUCUCAGUCAAACUCAAUCUUCUCAUAUCCCUUUCCCUUAUAAACAAAAAGACAAAUUCAAGAAAUAUCAAUUAUAAAUAUUAAAACAAUUCAAAUUAUU